CUUUGAUAAGGCAAGUUUUUGCUGCAACGCGCCAGUCUUGUCGCUGAGUUGUCUGUGCGAAGAUGAGUUCAAAAAUAGUUCUUCUAACGCUAGUGGUUAUCAGUGUAAACGUGGCGGGUGAAAACGAAUUCGACGACGGUAACUUGGGCUUCUCGAUCGAGUUUUUCAAGCAUGUCUCCAGCAGAUCUUCCAACUCCGUGGUGUCUCCAAUUUCGGUUCGCUUGGCACUGGCUGCCAUCCAACAGGCGGCUGGAUCAACGCUUAGCGAGAGAAUAAAGGACGCAAUCAAUUUAUCAACGAAUGAUAAGCAGAAGACUGCAGAUGAUGCGCGCGAAUUCCUGGCCAGUGUCUAUAACGAACAAUUGCGAAUCCUGUUCAAUGUUUUCCGUAAAAAUGAAUCACUAAAUCCGACUUUCGAGGAAUCUUUGCGCGAAGUGUUCGGUUCUGGUAUUGAAGCUGUAGAUUUUCAUGACAGGGGAAGUGUUUCGCAGAAAAUUAAUCAAUGGGUCUCCAACGCAACAAAUAAAUUCAUCGAUGAGUACGUUGAGGAGGACACAGUGGAUCCACAGACGGAGCUUAUGUUGAUCAAUGCUGUUACGCUUAGGGCAAGGUGGGCGAGUAAGUUUCGGAAAGCCAAAACGAAGACGAUGAUGUUUCACUUUCUGGAUGGCGAUCGUGAAAUUGAGGUGAUGAGUCAAGCCAUGUCGGUUCCGUACAGAGUGGCCGAGGACUAUCACGCCGCUGAAUUGUUAUUUUCCGAGGAAUCGGAUUUGUCCAUGUGGAUUAUUCUUCCGCGGGGCCGAGGAUCAGUCAGGGAAUUGGUGAGAAUACUUUCGCCUGGCUUGAUCGAAAGUAUAAGGAUUGGCUGUAAGACAACUUCUUUGAUGGUAGAGCUACCCCGGUUCUCGAUAAAGAACGAGUUCAACGUGACAGACGUUUUGAAGAAGAUGGGUUACGAGAAUUUAUUUGGCGUGUUCGAUUUGGAGAUGUUCCACCGAAGACAGUCGGAGUUUGCUGAUAUCCUUCAAACCACAGUUGUGUCUGUUGACGAGGAUGGCACCGAGGCAUCUACUGCCACAAGACUCAAUGUGAAGUGGCGAGUCGGAUCACGACCUUUCUUCGCCCAUAGACCUUUCAUAUUCUACAUCCAGAAGCGUUCGACAAACACCGUUCUUUUUAUCGGACAAUACUCCAACCACGAGGAUUAGGGAUUUCCCUUCGGAGUCACAAAAAAAACAAGUUUCCGCUGCCUUUGUCAACCCGUUAAGAGUAAUAUAUGUAAACGAGGAGUGAAAAUACAAUCGAUCACAGGUUGAGAAUCUUUCAC